UGAGGAAAAACCCCGAAGACAUGAUGAACGACAAUGAAUAUCUACAACAGAUCGGGUUCUACGACAGAGACUACCUCAGCGGCUGCGUCAACAACGAAGGAGGGAUCCUCUCCUCUCUGGUGCUGCAGUUAACGUCCAGCGACUCAGUCAUUCUGAAACCAGAAUUCUAUGACCUUGACCUCGUGCCCCUUCUGAUAGAACAGAAGUUUGGAAAUACCUCAGCAGUUGUGGAAGAAGUGGUCAGUUUUUCUAUACUUACCCGAGAUAUUCAGACAUUGCGCUGCUGGACAAGAAACAAGUGCUGGACACUGCAGGAGAUGCUGGUUUCUACGUGCCACUCAUAGAAUUCGCUCGCGCUGUGGCCAGGGGUCAAAGUUCAUCACGAAGAAACCUGGUGUACCUUUUUGAGCACUACCCCGCAUAUUUCUCAGAUAGAUACCUGGGUACACCACACGGGUAUGACCUGAUAUACGAGUUCGACAUU